UGUUUACAAACAUUUACGACAGCCAAGUUUCUCGCGACGCACAUACGGAAUCUCCCGAUUUUCAGCCUUAUGUGAAUUGAUUUAGCUUUGUAGGAAAACGAAUACAGUUUGGACCAUCCGUAAAUAAGUGCAAUGAACGACCGAAGCAGUAAUUAUUGUGAUAGCCGUCUGCGAAAACAACCUUCGUCACUAUACAACACAUGCAUACGUUAUGUUGCCCGUAACAUCAAACGAUACAAACACAUCGAAUACCUGGAACUUCUUCCACCGUUGAUAAAAAAUGCACUUAUUUUGAACGUAACCCGGGUGCAGGGAGGUUUCCAUGAUGACGAACUGCUGGAGAUGCUUCUGAAUCGUUCCCUUACUAGGAUCAAUCUUUCCAUCUCCACAAUAACCGAUCGGACUCUGCAGUCGCUGGCUGAGCGCAGUCCGGGUUUGAGAAGCCUUACCCUUUCCAAAGGCAACUACCAAUUCACGCGCAAGGGCUUAGAAAUGAUCCCUCUAAAGCUAGUCCAACUACAGCAAAUCGCCAUUCGGAACUGUCCCCUCGUGGAUGACCGUUUGGUGAUGCUUAUUGCUCGAUGCUGCCCUCAACUAGAUCUGAUGGAUUUCGAAUCCUGCCUUAACGUAACCGACGAAUCGGCAGAUUCGAUUAAAGAUCUCACACUGACCAAGCUGAACCUUUCGCACACUCAAAUUACCGAUAAAUUUUUGAUCACGAUCGCUCCCACCAAUUGUGGCGUCGCGCUGGAAGAUUUGAAUGUCAGUCACUGCAAGAUUACUGGCACUGGGCUGGCUAAACUCGCCUGGGAUACCAUCAAGUAUAUCGGCUUCGAGGGGUGUGAAGUUAAUGAUCUCGAGUUCAUUGGAAUGAACAAAAACCUUAAAUAUAUUCAGUGGACAAUAUCCAACUGAUGGAUAUUUCGCCACGCUCAGUGGACCUGCAAUAUUUAACUAGUAGAGAUAGAAAGAGUUUUAUAUUUAUACCCUAACUAUAUAUAUACACACACCUUAACAAGCAGCACCAAGCACACCAAGUUUAGAGGAAGCAUAAGAAAAUUAUUAUAUUCGACAGAGAUGAAGAACCAUGAAAUACUUCUAUAUAACCAUGCACGUGAUAUGAUUAUAAACUAGAACGUCUGAGACGAUCUUCGACACCUUUUAAAAACUGUAUUAACCACUCUAGCAACGCGUGUAUUUUCAUAUUUUUAUCACAAUUAAAACAGCAGAAUACUUAUAAGGGAGAGAUAACUAGAAAACAAGCCCAGUUCUAUUGCAAACCUAUAAGCAAUUAAGUAUUCCUAGAUUUUAUCGUACUAGACACUUUAACGACUAUAACUAAAUUACUCGUGAAACACCAAACAUAAAAUGAUAAUGUAUUGAAAUUUAACAAAUUUUCCAUCAAAUUUACUAUACUAACUAGAUACUUUUUGACGUACAACAUAGAAAAAAAUCAUCGAAUAUUAAAACAAUACUUACGAAGAACUUUAAAUUUAAGUUUCCAGAAAAUUGUCAAAGCGUCUCUUUAAGUUAUCGUAACCAAUAUUUCCCAGUGCUUCUUCCUUUGAAUUAAAAAAUCCAUGCCGUCUAUUCUAAGGAUCGAAACAAAACAAGAGCAUGGCAUUUGUGUUCAAGCUUCAGGCAACUAAUCAAAUUACUUACAAUAAAAUUAAAAUAAAGAGAAAUAUAGGGUUUAAGCUUUUUAACACGUUAAAACAAAGCCGCAUACAACCAUGGACCAUUUAGAAAUAUACUAGGCACAGUGUUUCACUAACAAUUAACAAAAAUAUUUUGUAAAAGUAGUCACAGAUAAAGAAAAAAAAAACUUUAACCAAUAGUAAAAUACGGGUUCUACUGAAUAAUGACAAAGAAUUGAUUCGGAAUUAAAAGUUACUCUGAUAUUCAAGAAUGUACUAGUAAAAUUACAGAUUCCAGUGUUCGAACUUUAAAUGUCCUAUUUAUACUGAUGUUAGUAUUUUCUACUGCUGUCAACGGCUCAGUAUCACCGUAAAACUGUUUCAAUUCAAGUAUAGACAUCUCUUUAUGUGUGUAUCUUUCUCGCAAACUUUUUCCAGGUGUUUCGUAGUAAAACUAAAGUUUUCAAAUGUUAUGAACUAAAACGAAUGGUAGUAAAUUUUUCUCAACUUUCUGUCUUUUGAUUGCAUAGCAAACCCUAAUGUUUUACUGUAACCGUAAGCAGCAAUCAGAAUGUAUAGUUUGCCAACUCUUAUAAAUACUAUUCACAGCAAUACUAUAACUAAAGCAUAUACUAAAAAUUAAAAAAAAAAUUAGUCCGAAAAAUAUCUAGAAACUUAGAACAAUAAAAGCAAUAUCCUCGUAACUUACAUCACAUUUAAAAAAAACACACACGGCAACUUAACAGACUGCGUUCUCAUGAAUGAAAUUGUUCGGAAAAAUUAUAAAGUACGAUCUGAAACACUCAGAGAAGGGACCCAAUUUUGGUUCUCUAGAGCAACUGCCUUUGGAUUACAGUUAAAUGAUUCAACUACACGGAACAUGAAAAGUGAGGGUUGCUUAACCCUUUCUUUAAUUUUUUUUCUCUAAAAAAAAUUUUUAAACAGUAUCACAUCACACAGAAUAUAAAAAAAUUAAAAUAAAAUACGAUUUUUCAAUUUUUCCAUACAUUAUUUGUUGCAAAUUUGUUACUUUAUAAAACGAAGGGUUAAGAAUGAAAAUUGACAAAUAUUCUAAGGAUUUGACUCACCAUUUUGACAACAGCUAGGUCCGUACCGUUCCUUUUCGCAGACAUCCUUCCAUGUUUCGUAGACCAACGUCAGGCAACGUCCGUAUUAUGCUUGGUGCAGCUUUCAGGAACCUCCCCAAUCCGAGACUGUUUUCUUCAAAAAUUGAACUCAAAGCUCAAACACAUGAAUGGCUGACAUGAUAUAAGCUUCUAUUGCGUCUAUGCCACGUAUCACUUGGUAUGUACCGAAUGCACCCUUCCAUUGCGGCAUUGUUCACUUUUUCGAUGAUGCUGGUGCUAUCAAUUUACCAAAUUUACACAUAAUCAGAUUCAACAAGUACCUAUACAAGCUAUAACUUUUAGUAGAGCAGAGUCAUCUGUUCACUUUACACUUUUGCAUCUCACUGCAGCUUCCAACAACAGUACGUCCUUCGAACUUCAACAGGGACAAUCCUAUAGGAAAUUAUGUCGUUGGUGAUACAGAAACGACACAUUUAACACAUUUUAACGAAGCAUUUUUUUUUUGAAGCAUUCAGCGAAAGUUCUCAAUUUUUUCUGACAAAAUUCACACAAUUUUUAACUCAUAUGCUGCAUCAUCCCGGAGAUAAAACGAUCGUCAUAUUUCACAGGACAUUUUUGCAAUAUUUUUUUAAACAGGUCUGUGCAAAUGUAUUGGAACACUCCCAAAUUGUCUUCAUUUCUUUUAACGUUCUCUCGUCAAUUCGAAUUUGUUCAUAUUUUAAAUGUUAAUUCAUAAGAACGCAGUCCAAAAAAUGUGUGGAUAUUAACUCGUGUAUCCUCAUAACGCAUCACUAACAAACACAUUAUACUUAAUUCAAAAUUUUACAUUUUUCAAAUCAACUAACGAAGACCAGAAUAUAAGAUGGCAGAUAUUAUAUUCCUAAACCAAGAGAAAAAACUUUAUAAAAAAACGAUGAUCAAAUUUAAUGAAAAACAACAAAUAACACCAUGAAAACUUUUGUAUGUUUAAACUAAAAUCUGAAAUUAAAAAAAAAGAUUCCUAAAGAAACAGCCUAUAGUGCUUUAAAUAAAAGAAAACGUAAAAUCAACCGAAAUGAACAAAGAUCUCACUACACGAUAACUCAGAAUUUAUAACAUUUUAUACGACACUAGGAUUUCGAUCAAAUUCACCCAACAACAACGACACUUACUCGCAUUUAUUUUCAACAAUUUAGCUUUAUUGUUUGAUUUCGCAAGUAGAUUUUACUUUAAUUCAUAUACACGGCGAUUGAUUAAUGACCUCUCGCGUUUUCUUCUUCGAUUUGCUUUGUAUGCUUAGUUCUGUCCAGGGUUUACGAUUAACGAUUUUGUUUAUUUAUACCAUAUGUAAUAGAGUGCACUGAAUGAAUUGUUGCAAUGAUUUGGGGAAAGGGACUCAGCACGUCCAACAUAACGUCUCCGGGAACGCAUGAAUUUCUAAACUUAAUAUUGCCCACCUAUUGAAUGAUUAGUUCGCGUAUGAUCGAGUAUGUCCAACGAAACUGAAACAGAACACCCGCUGUUGUCGAUCGAGAUGCUAGUCUCGUGUGAAACAUUCAAGGGCCCUGAUAGUGCGGUGGUAAAGAAAACACAAAAGCACACCAUGGAAGAAUGCAUCAAAAAUCUACUAUCACGACGAUUUUUAAAGGACGUUUUCAGUUUCUAAACUAAUACAUUAUAUAUUCACAUUUUAGUGAUGGGCCAAAUCAAAAUACGAUACAAAUAGCUUGUGAGCGGAAUGGUGAAAGUUUUGUAGCUCGAUUUAGAUGCGAACGCACGAGGAAAUAGUAUAACCGUUUUUUAGAAGCAGCUGAACACAGAUCGUAUUUUUAACUACCUUAUGUGUGACUACCAACAUAUGUAGAGCAAUAGUGUGAUUCCUGUAGGAGCAAUUUCAACGUAUUCUAAUAAAACCAAAUCUGCAAAUACCAACUAAAGAGGAUAACAGAAGCGCGAAAAAAUGCUACUUUUCGAUUAAAUAAAUAAGCCACAGCAGAAUCAGUUUUCAGUCGGCACGAAAAAAAAAAGUUCAAUUUAAAUAGUCGAAGUGCUACGAAAAAAAAUAAACAAAACGCAAAAACCCUGCCGCGAAUAUGAUCAGUGAAAUGAUAAAAUUAAUAAAGAGAAUAUUUUGGGUAGCGCUAAACUGCUAGUGUUGUUUUUGUUUCUUUUUCUUCGAAUAAUUUCCACUACUCUACUUAUUUAUAUGCAUCUGUUUUGUUGUGUAUUUUUCACUAUCUUCAUUUGUCGUCUCUAGCUUUGUUUAGUUGUUAUCUUAAAGUUAAUAUAAGGUUGUGAUUUCCUCUCCUCUCGUGAACACGCGUCUCUACCAAAUUACACAAUUUUUCUAUGAGUGUAUGUUACGUCUUUCUCUCUUCUGAUUUUGUUUCCUUUCAUAAUAGUUUUAACUUCUUUUAUAUAUAGGUGUGUAUUGUGUAUAGGUUCAUCUAUAUAUCAUAAUCCGCUAGCGGAUUGAUGCUGUUCGGCUUCCUAGGACCGAACCGAAUCUUCUCGGGACACCUACUACAGUUCGCGGCUUAUCCUAUAACAGAACAAGGCGUGGCAUCAUGUAGUGUACAUGCUUUCGAGUCGGGUGUCCUCGCUAUUAAACCUUUUUGCCAUUGGUGGCAAUCGGAUUUUGCUUCAGCUGCAGGAUGAUCGAACGCAUCCGGGAGAUAUCUUUGCUCGAUUUGUUCGUUUUCGGAUUGAAGUCGCACAGCUUGGCGAUGCGUUCCCACUCGGUGCCGGGCUCGAUUUCGUCCGUUUCGGCCACAAACUGCUUCUCGGCGUUUCU